AUGGCCGAAUCUCGUGGAACAAAAGUAGCUCAGCUGCUGUUUUGUUGGUAAAAACGGGGUGCAUCAAACGUUAAUGGUACCAGUACAUUUUGGAUGAUUCGACUGGUAUCUUGACAUUCAAUCUUUGGAUAUCAGCUCCAUUUCUUUCAGAGUGCACCUCAGCCCUCUUCCUUUUCUCCUCACCUCUCUCCGGAUCGUGGCAGCGCGGUGACAGACGUCGUUAGGUGAUUAAACUCUGCAGCCUUCCCACAGCUUUUCUUGUCCGGAGAGAAAAGUGUAAGAAGAUGCUGAGGCGAAGGCCAUCGAACGCCUCAGAGAAGGAGCAGACGCAGAAGAAGAAGCUCACCUUGCAGAGGUCCAGCAGCUUCAAGGAUUUCAUGAAGCACAAGCCCACCUCCCCCUGCACGCCAGACAAGGAGUUCACCUUAGAUGAGCAUGUGGGAGACAAUGUGACAGAAGAAGAAGUAGUGAAAAGUGGCAGCAAACUUGGGAAAAAGUGGCGCAACGUGAUCUCCCGUACGAUGACCCGGAAAACAUCCAAGAUGGUGCAGAAGGCCUUGGCUGAGGAGGGGGCGGAGAGCGGCGAGGAGCUGUCCCCCGUCUCCUCUGACUUUCUUCCAGACAUGAGUGUGGGACAGAGGACGUCUGUCUGCUCCACGGGGUCAGAGGACACGACCCCCAGCCCAGUGAGCCGCCAGCUCUCUGCCAGCAGCGACAGGCAGAGCCUGGACAGCGGGUACUGCCAGCGGGACAGCAUGAGGCUGGAGGACAGCGCCUACAACGGGCCUUUCUGCGGCCGCGCCGUGGUCCACACCGACUUCACUCCCAGCCCCUACGAUGUGGAGUCGCUGAAACUCCAAAAAGGUGACAUUAUCCACAUCAUUGACAAGCCCCCCGUGGGAACCUGGACAGGAAAGCUCAACAACAAAGUGGGAUCCUUCAAGUUCAUCUAUGUCAACCUUCUGCCCGAUGAGACGCCUCCAACCAGGAGGAAACGCUGCCACAGCAAAGGCAGCCGGUCCAAAUCCAAGCCCAAAACCUUGGAGGAAGUUCUGGACCGCAUUGGCCUGACGGAGCUGAGCUCCUUGCUGUCCAUGCACGGCUUCCAGAGCCUGGAGGACUUCACCGGGCUGAAGGAGUCUCACCUGAAUGAUCUGAACAUCACAAACCCAGAUCACCGCUCCAAGAUCCUGAACGCAGCUGACCUGCUCAGAGAUUCUGAAGACGAGUCUGAACCAGAGGGCGAUGAAGAGGAGGAGGAGGAGAGACCAGCUGAACACUUGAAGGAGCCGCGGGACUCGGGUUGCUUUGAGAGCUCAGAGAACCUGGAGAACGGCCGCGAGGAGCCGAAGACGGAGGAGGAAGAGUCAAACCGGCAAACAGAGAAAGAAGAAGGAGAAGAAGAAGAAGAAAAAGAAGAAGAAGAAGAGAAGUCAGAGGAGACGCAGGAGGCCGAGAACCUGGAGGCUGUCCAGGAACAGCUGCAGGAGCUGACGGUGGACGAAGGACAGUGACAGGUGAUGGAAAACUCUCUCAAACAUUCCCGUCUCAUUUCUGAAGCUGUGAUCAGCGUUUAAAGCCUCUCUUCAUCAAAAGAGAGCAGAUAGCGCCACUUCUCUGCUAGGACCCUGAACGAGCACGCUGUCCGUUACUGAAGGAUGAUUUUCCCACGAUACCAAUCAUUUCACAGCUCGCUUACAAGCUGCACAAACUAUUACCAGCUGCACAGAUGGCGGAUUUUUUAACCAACUUGUAAAAUAUGAUGGUGUAAUUUUACUUGAGGCAUAUUUUGUUGUAUAAUGUUUCAGCUAAAACAUUCAAGGAUUUCACUCUGUCCUUUAUGUUUUCGGUUUUUUCCUUCAUGAAUGUAAACUAUCUUCACAUUUUUCAUGUAUCUAAACUGAUAUGUUUUUUGUGACUGUAAAUAAAUUAA